ACAGGCUGAAAGGGAGAGAGGGAGGGAAUCGUCAGAGAGACCUGAGAAUAUUGAAACCCCAGAGUGACAAUAUCUCCGCCGCUCCACUAACAGUGGCUAUCAUCUGAAAACCAUGCUGAUUGUGCAAAUGGAUGUUUGAAGGAUGGAUUGAGAAUCGACCUUUGGGAUUACGGUGCAGAGGGUGUGUGUGGAGAGAGAGAAAGAGAGAGAGAGCGAGAGAGAGUGUGUAACAGCUGCUUGAAGACACAGGUAACUUAUUAACAGCACGAAAGGAGCAGAGAGUUCACACCGCCUUGGCCUGCUGCAGAAACUGAAAAUGGAAACCCAGCUUCACUGUGCUCCCACCACCUGAAAGCCAAUAAAAAACCUCACACACCUGGAUAUUGCGUCCCUGUGUCACACUCACCACAAGAGUGCAGAAGGCUGUGAACAGGGAGAGCGAGCACGCGCUGGGAUCACAUGCAGGCAAUCAGCGCUCUGCUGGCUCUGCUGUGGUAGAGGUGGCGGUGGCGGUCAGGAGGUGCGACUCACUCCGACCAACAAACACACUACAGGCUGUAGAUGGAGCCCCUGGAGGAGUACCACUCGCCGUUUGACUUUGAACAAGGAGUCAACGCCAGCUACCUCUACCUCUCCCCGGCCUACAGCGACACGCCGCCCAGCUCGCCAGCUGUCCAAACCAGAGAUAACCGCAAGGAGAUGGAGAGGCCGGCGGGCAGAGGAUGUUCCCAGCUGCAUCCGGCCCCUGAGGUGGGAGAAGAUGCCGUGACGUCUGUCGGCCCCUCUUCCCCUCCCCCCACCAUGACAGAGGAGGAGCAGCAGGAGCUACAAGAAGAGUUGGUCAAGGUUGAGGAUGAGAUCCAGACUCUGUCUCAGGUGCUGGCAGCCAAGGAGAAGCAGCUGGCGGACAUAAAGAGGCAGCUGGGCCUCACACCUCUCAAUGAGCUGAAACAGAACUUCACCAAAACCUGGCAGGAAGUCACCACCUCCACCGCCUAUAGGAGGACCUCUGAAACCCUCUCUCAGGCGGGUCUGAAGGCCACGGCGGCGUUCUCCAAUGUGGGCUCAGCCAUCACCCGGAAGCUUGAGGAUGUCAGCAUGCGCUCAUUACAACACUCGGCUAGCAUGCCUGUCAUGAGGAAUGCACCAACCUUCAAGUCAUUUGAGGAGAAAGUGGAGACUUUGAAGACUAAGAUCAGUCCACCACCCUCCACCAGUUCCCCAGGCGAGCAGGACGGCCCCUCCAACGAGUCUUUGCUCACUGUGCCUGAAGACUCGCCCACCCAGGAGACGCCAAUGAACUGAGACCCGCCUGACCACCCGGCCAACCCUCCUCACUUGACCCCCUAACCCCUGGACCGUCAACACUCGCCCCCUAAACUCUUUGUGUGCCAGUCUCCCUUUAUUGGAAACAAGUGACUUACCACAGCCUGUGAUCUAAUUGUCUGGUCUUUUUGUUUGACACGUGCGCUCUCUGGUUAUCUUGUGUGGAAACUGAAAGCAUGGGAUGGGUGCAGGCAUGGGGUCUCGUGUCGACCGUACAUAUGUGAGUGUAAUCUGGCUAGCUGUGGGAGGCUUAAUCCCUGCUGUAGGACUUCUCCUUGUCUCCUGCAUUCCCUGCCUUUAUCUAAUCAGCAACACUCCGAUGCCAAACAUGCUCCUAGUUUAUUUUUCUUUAUCAAAUUCACCAUGUUUAACAUGUUUUGAGUGUAAAAAAAAAAGACAAAUAUUACAAAAUUGACAAGAGAAGAUUUAUACCAGAACAAUAAUUAUUAUAAGCACUUGUUUUGUCUAACUCCAUUUUGGGGCUGUUUUUGGUUUACCAUGGGUUACCAUUUUGGGGCCUAGCUCAUUUCUGUUUUCUUUGUUGUAUUAAAUUUAGCAUAAUCAUAAAUAAGUCUAACACUGUUCAGAUUAUGAAUGUAUGUCUUUUGUGUCAUAUAGGUACACUUUGUUUAACGCACAGUACUGAGCCAAUGAUACUGUGUGUCACGACUGCAGCCACCAACUACAAAGCUGGUAUUUUCAAAACACUUCUGAAUAAAAACCUUUCCUUUUUUC